ACACACACUCAAUGAACACAUGCCCACCCGCUCAUUCACACCACUGCACCCAUCAACACGCGGGCUUCUCUGCAACCUGUUACUGCCGACGCGAAACGACAACAUCGCGGCACUUAAUGCUUAGUAUCAUUUGGUUUUGUAAAGGGGGGGAAAAACCCCAGUCGUUUAUUGAGAGAAAUCCCGCCACUCGUAAUCUGAGGCUCGGAUCCAGCGCGUGGAGCGCGACUGACGUGUAUCGAGUGACAGCGGCGUUGAUCUCAAUGAGUCGAGCGGCGAAACCCGCGUGAAAGACAUCGUGUUUUUUAGGACGCCGUUUUUGACUUAAAGGAAACGACAGGCUUCUCACGUCCCCGGAGACCUCCAUCGUCAAGCAAGCCUGUGUAAUUCCUCCGGACGUCGACUAAGCGGUAGCAUCCGCAGUGAAUAAAGCAAACACUAACGAGGAAGCAAUGGUCAUUUUCUACAGUUUGCUGAUAAGGACACAGCAGGUGUAAGUGGGGUUGUGGCAGCAAACGCUGUAACCGCGACCCUCAAAAAUGGUUUGCAGCGAACAGAGUUCUGGCACAUCGGUGCCCAAAAAGGAAACGCAGACCCGCAAGAAGCGGAAAUCCCGUCCUCAGGGUCUGCCCUCUCCAGCCCUCUGCUGUGCGUGUGGCUUGUGCAUCAUGCUGGCAGGCAUCAACAUCACCUUAGUAGGCGCCUUCGCCUUCAGCACGCUUGUGCCCUCUAGCAACCCCCCGAUCAUCAUCGGACCUAUACUCCUGCUGGUGGCGUUCUCCUUCUUCGGGGCCUGCUGCAUCUGCAGUCGCUUGCCUCCGCCUCAGAGCUCCCGGCGGUCCAAAGGAGGUGGCGGUUUGGGAUUCAUGGGACGGGGCGGAGGCGGGUUGAGUGGAGGGGCGGCGUUUGAGAUCGAGACCAGCGAACACACGAUGCAGGACACCACAGCCGUUCAGCUGAGCCCGACCAACUCACCCUGCUCCUCUCACGCCUCCAGCCCCGAAAGAGAGGCCCCUGCCACGGCCGCCAACGCCACCGUUCCCGCCCCAGAGUACGUCCCUCCGCGAGCCUGCAAGCUCUUCACUAUGGAGACCAACGGACCCAACUCAGCAGCUUUUUCUGCUUCUACAGGGGGUGGAGGGGCAGUCCGGCUCACUUUGCCCUCGGACUGCGCUGCCACUUAAGGCUGCUGGUUCAGGUCGCUCUCUGGAGAAGGGCUGGCGUUACGUUAUGUAAAUAGUUUUUCAGAGAGGAAGACAAGCACUUUGCGUGAAGAAUUCAUUCAAUUAUCACUGCUGGCUUGUGCCACGAGGUGCAAUAACAAUAGAAACGCUCGCAUAAAUUCAGCGGGUUGAUUUUUGGAGGCCUGUGCGCUCCUAAUAGAAUUGACAGAGGUAUGUCAGAAGCAUAUGAGGAGAUUUUGCAUUCUCUUACCCAAAGAGAAAAAGCCUUGAAAGGUGAAUCACUGUGGCGUGCUUCACAUAUUCAUACAGUGCCACUGUUACUCAGAGCAUUCGCAGUUACUGCGCUCAAAAGAGACAGGAUCAGCUGUUGUGUAAAGACGGCUUUGGAGACGAGCCUGAGAAACAGAAUGGAGAAAGACAUUACACUGCGCAUUGUCAUAUGUCAGUGCCCAGACCAAAAAACAGAGCUGUUGUAUAUUUUCCCUUCAAUGUUUUUGUCUUCGUCAUUUUAAAUGCUAAACUACAUUGAACUGUCGAUUUUUAUUUUGAUGACUCUCCGUGGCCGACCUUUUUGGAUUCCGUCCUCAUUGGAUGCUUAAAAAUACCGUGACACUGUGCGAGAGCACUGCCGUUUUUUUUUUUAAUUUACACGCAAUUUAGAAAACGAGGUUGCUGAGCGUUGCCGCUGUUUGGGUUCGUGUCGGAUAAACGAUUCAAGUGCAAUGAAGCGCGGGAUAAAAACUUUUUCCGCAAGUUAUAGUGCAAUUCGAAAAGCGGCGUGGCGACAACGAACGUUUGCUGCACCCAUGCUGUGGUUGAAUUUUAUUUGUCGUCGAAAGUUGUGACAUAACUUAAUGAACGGCCCAUAGUUCUAUAAGACAAAAAGGAAACUAGCCGCAAGCCUUCAUUUUACACUGUGGUUUACAAUGCUGCCAAGUAAAACAAUAUUUCUUUCCCUUAUGGCUGCCAAAGGCUGUUUUCUCCUUCAAGCAUUCCUCUUCUGUUAUCCUCUGUUGUCAAUGUCUUAUGUCAACAGUAUGGUAACAUUCUAGCAUGCUACCUACAUCUGCUCACAGUGUUCCUUCCUAAAAUCUCUCUUAUCUUACUCUCUCGGUGCCCUCUGUUUUUCCUUCGAAAGCAAGAUCCAGAAUUGUUCUCAAACAUGCCCUCCAUCACCGACCCACGCUGAUGGUUCAAACCAAACGGCGAAACAAUUUCCUCAUGUUGAUUCUACCAGAGAGGUCAGCUAAAAGCAGCUUUUCGGUGGCCGGACAUAUUGAAAAAGCAAAAGACAAUACCUUUUUAAGAAGAAAAAAGAUCUAAAGUAGCUCGUUUUUUUUGUCCCUUUGUUAUCAUAAGUCAUCGUUCCCGACCAGCAGAAAGGGCUGAUUUUUAAUAAAACAAUCAUGUACUUGGUGUCCCUUCAGUAUUUCGUUUUCCGAGUUCCAAUGCAUCUGUUAAUAUUUAUACGUUUAGCUGCGUAGUCAUACUAUGUAUAAGUAUAUGGGGUCGGUACGUGAUGGAUACUGAAGAAAGUGCAACAUGAACGGCAUGCUUACGAACAGUGCACUGCUGCGACGGAAGAGAGACAUUGAAACGCAUCAGUUUCAGCGUAAGAAGAAGUUGUGGAAACAUUGGCGUCUUUAGACUAUGUCACCGCCUCUGUUUGUGAGCUGCUAUUUGCCAUCUACACAUCUGCUGUAGUCUGAAUGAAACGAACGCUGCCUUAACGACAGUGAUCUCAGGAUCAAACCAGUGAGGGCUACUCAAAUGUCCAACGAGAACAUUUGGUCACGUGGUAUUAAUGUACUUACGGAAACGUUGUAUUGUUAUAAUUAUUUUCUACCGCGUAUGUUUUCAAAAAGGCAUUUAAACGGAAGGAAAUGCAAUGCGCAGGUUAAAAAGGUCAGAUGACGCUGAUUAGUAUUGCUGUUAUUAUUUUGCCGAUCGGCCGCGUUGUGCAUAAUGAUGUAUGAAUGACGGCUUGAUUUAAGUAUCGUUGGCACUGGAUUGUUUUUUUGUAAGUUGCUCACAUCAUAAUUAUACACCGUUUAAAAACCCGCUCACAUAAUUCAAUUACAGUCGUGUCCGAACUUGUUUUUCUUAAAUCUUUACAUUUCCGAACUCUUCUCUUUGUUCUUUUGAGCAUAAAUGUGGAAAAUAUUACAUUAGGUUGUGAAAAAAAAAACAACUCUUGGCAUGUCAGAAUAUAAAUUAAAAGCAACAUUCUUAA